UUUGGUUGUGUUCUUUUACCCAAGUCCAAGUCAAACCUUUGUGUUCAACCCGUACCUCCACUCGCCAAAACACCCCCGUUGGAUUAGCGCUUGGCGGUCGCUGAAGGUACUGUGCUGGUCUGAGAAGCCACCGCUGUCAGCCCACUGUUUCUCAAUGUCAUUGCGCGCAUCCAACUAAUCAGGCCCCCCCUUCAGGACGUCAUCGAAUCGUCCCCAUUCCAAUCUCGGACCUUGGGUAACCCGUCCGCUCCGUUGACGUCUCCUCGAGCGUCUCCAAUCUCGAAGCGGAAACAACCUCUCUUCUACACAAGCGCACUUCUGAAUAUCGCCCUUUGACUAGGUAGUGGGAGAAACGGAAGACCGGGAAACACACACGCCAAUCUCUAAACCAGAGCUCUCUCGCCAUGUCGUCGUUUCGAUUGACCAUCGAGGAUGGCCAGUUCCGCGACAGCUAUGGUAGACAAGUCGUGCUUCGAGGCCUAAACGUCGCCGCCGACGCCAAGUUGCCCAGCGAACCCGACCAGCCCUCCCACAUUGGCAACGACUUCUUUGACGGUGACAACGUCAAGUUCCACAACCGCCCGUUCCCCAAGGAUGAGGCCCACGUUCACUUCUCGAGGAUAAAGCGCUACGGCUACAACACCAUCCGCUACAUCUUUACGUGGGAAGCCAUCGAGGCCGCCGGUCCGGGGCGCUACGACGAGGAAUGGAUCCAGCACACGAUCGAGGUUCUAAGGAUAGCCAAGGAUUACGGCUUCUACAUCUUCAUGGACCCCCAUCAGGACGUAUGGUCUAGGUUCUGCGGCGGCUCUGGCGCGCCCAUGUGGACGAUCUACGCCUGCGGCCUGAACCCCCAGAGCUUCUCCGCGACAGAAGCCGCCAUCGUGCACAACACGUACCCGAAACCCGAAGAGUUCCCCAAGAUGAUUUGGUCAACCAACUACUGGCGCCUCGCCGCAGCCACCAUCUUCACAAUGUAUUUUGGCGGCAAGGACUUUGCGCCCAAGUGCAUCAUCAACGGCAUCAACAUUCAAGACUUCUUGCAGGGCCACUUCGUGGCGGCAUGCGCCCAUCUCGCGAAGCGCAUACACGAGGCCGGCGACCUCGAGAACGACGUUGUUAUCGGCUGGGAGAGCAUGAACGAGCCGGGGUGCGGUCUUGUCGGAUACCAAGAUAUCAGCGUCAUUCCGAACGCGCAGAAGUUGAAGAAGGGCUCGUGUCCGACUAUUUGGCAGACUAUCCUUACCGGCUCUGGUCGUGCGUGCGAGGUGGACACGUGGGAUAUGGGCGGUAUGGGCCCGUAUAAAGUCGGCCGUUCGCUGGUGGAUCCCCACGGCGAGAUGGCUUGGCUGCCCGCCGACUACGACGAUUCGAGGUACGGGUGGAAACGAGACGAGGGAUGGAAGCUUGGAGAGUGCGUUUGGGCGCAACACGGCGUUUGGGACCCCAAGACCGACACGCUCGUCAACAAGAACUACUUCGCCAAGAACCCCAAUACGGGGAAGUCCAUCGACCAUCCGGAGUUUACUAAUACUUACUUCAUGCACUCAUACCGUCUCUACAGAGACGCCAUUCGGCCGAUACACAAAAACUGCAUCAUGCUGAUGCAGUACCCAACGCUAGAGCUGCCGCCUCAGAUCAAGGGCACCGAGGACGAUGACCCCUUGAUGGCAUUCUCGCCUCAUUGGUACGACGGCAUUACUUUGAUGACAAAACGCUGGAACAGGGUGUGGAAUGUGGAUGUCGUCGGUGUGUUGCGCGGAAGGUACUGGCACGAGGCCCUUUCGGUAAAGGUCGGCGAGACGGCCAUUCGCAACUGCUUCAAAGACCAGCUGGCGUCGUUGCGCCAGGAAGGCCUGGACCGCAUGGGAAACCAUCCCUGCGUGAUGACGGAGUUUGGUAUCCCGUACGACAUGGGCGAGAAGAAGGCGUACAAGACGGGUGAUUAUGCGGACCAGUCAGCAGCAUUGGACGCCAACUAUUAUGGAGCCGAAGGGUCGGGUAUGGAGGGUCACUGCCUCUGGGUCUACACUGCAAAGAACACACACCAACAUGGUGACCUUUGGAACGGCGAGGAUUUGUCAGUCUUCUCACUGGACGACAAGACUCUACCCAUGUCACCCCUCCCCCGCAGCCCGUCACCCAACCCAUCGUCGGACCUGAAGCGCAAUUCGAUGAGCAGAGACGUGCCCGACGAGUCAACCGUGACGCCGGAAAACCUUCAAAACACCAUCACAAACCCGUCGAUAUCAUCUGCGCCGUCCAAGGACCCCGAGCUAACCAACGCACCGGGCCUCCGGGCUGCCGAGGCCUUUGUCCGGCCCUCUCCGUGGGUCGUGGCGGGUGACGUACUGCAGUACGGCUUCGACCUGCGCAGCUGCACCUUCACGCUCAAGCUCAAGGCGUCGGCGCCGCCCUCGGAGGGGGCGCCGACGGUGGUGUUUCUGCCCGAGUUCCACUACCCGCAGGACAACUGCACUGUCGAGGUAAGCUCGGGCAAGUGGGCCAUCAGCACGGACGACGAGGAAGGCCCGUUGGUGCAGAAGCUCAAGUGGUGGCACGCCGAUGGUGUGCAGACGCUCAAGGUCACGGGGCUAGCAAGGCAGCAUAACGUCCUCGAGGGAUCCGAGGAGGAUAUGGGGUACUUGGAGCAGUGCCAGAAGAACUACGCCAACUGCAGCGUCAUGUAAUCCUGUGUGGUUUUCUGGUUUUGUGCCCAGGGGAAGAGAGAGAGAGAGAGAGAGAGAGAGAGAGACUACAACGCCUAUAGAGCAGAGUUGGUGGCGCGCAGCCCAUGAGGUUACGGAUGAGAGGCUAGUAGGGAUUUGGCAAGCAUGGGAUUUGUUAGAUACAAUGAGGUUUUGGGUAUUUUACUUGUCUUUUUCCAAUCCCGUUUUCCACAUUUUGGGCUACAUUGGAAGAGAUUAGAUUGAAUUUAACAUUGGGCUUAGUAGGAAGCACACUGUAUGCCGAGUACGGGCCACUUGCACCGAGCUGCAUGGGCAUCGUGACGUGACGCAUGUAUCCAUGACAUUCUCGUCUGAUGUUUUCCCUACGCC